UUGAAUUUUGCCGGUAAUAAAAAUUCCUGUAAACAGUAAUCGACAGUGAUUCUAAGUUUGAGGUUAUAGCGAUUGUUUGACGUUCGUUUCUGAAGUAUUUGUUUAAAUAUAAAAAGAACAUUCAAUAAAUUUUACAGCACAAUGUCAACACGAUUUUACCCUUUGUAUCAAAGAGGCAAUCCACAAUUACGAGUUUUCCUGCCAAAUUUCUGGAUGAAGCUAAUUGCAUCUACACAGAAACAACCUCUAAACGUUGUACAGUUUCAGUGUUCUAUGGAAAUGACCAAACAUGACAUAAAAAAUUAUCUACAGAAAAUUUACAAUAUUGAUGUGGUUGAAGUGAGAACAAAAAUAACUAUGGGUAGAUUUAAGAGGGACCGACUGCAGAAUGCUGUUAUUAAAGAGGAUGAUAGAAAACUGGCUUAUGUUGUAUUGCCAAAGGACCAGUCAUUUGAGUUUCCUGCCUUAUUCAAGGAUGUAAAAGAUGAACUUGACAAAGACAGUAUAGACAUGGCUAAGAAGAAUUUACAAGACUUCAUAGAAUCCAACAAAGCACCUGGAUUGCCUGGUUGGUUUAGGAUUUAAUGUGUAUAUAUGUAUAUAUUUAAGGAUUUAUAAUCAAUAAAUUUUAUUUGUUAAUAU